CCAUUUUCGUGGAGUAAACAGUCAAGUCAAGGGAAGUGCAAAAAAGUAUGUUCUUAGUAAUUUCUGCUUUUGUCGAUUUUGUUUAUCUUAUACGGCAAAAGCUACAUUUAAGUGCUUGAAAGCAGCGGUUCUAGAAACAAUCUAUAUAUAUAUAUAUUUAUCGUCACACUGUCCCACGUUUCUCUCCUUGCACAGGUGCUGCCGGGCCUUUUUGCACAUUUCAGUACCCUCAUUGCAACUUGCUUUUGAAACAAAUUAGUUCUGUUUCAUUUGAGUCAACGUUUCUGGGGCUCAGCCCUGAAAACAUUUUAGAGGGCUGAUCAAUUUCUAAAAUGAUAAUAGAAAACCUUGAGGCUCUGAAGACUUGGCUGUCAAAGACGCUUGAACCCAUAUGUGAUGCUGAUCCAUCUGCUCUUGCUAAAUAUGUUGUUGCCUUAGUUAAAAAGGAUAAAACUGAGAAAGAGCUUAAAGCAUUAUGCAUAGACCAGUUGGAUGUAUUUCUUCAGAAAGAUACCCAGAUUUUUGUUGACAAGCUUUUUGAUGCUGUGAAUUCAAAGAGUUAUCUACCUCAGUUUGAGCAGCCUUCAUCGACGACUGUAAGAACAGAACCUUUUCAACACCCAGAGAAAGAUGAUGUAAAAAAAGAUGAGCAGGUAAACAAGGAAGAAGAGAGGGACACAAAAAAAUUCCCCAGAAGAGUAAAUCACAGCCCCCAGCAGUCCAGUUCACGGUACAGAGACAGCAGAAAUCGGGAUGACCGAAAAAAGGAUGACCGCUCUCGAAAAAGGGAUUAUGAGCGAAAUCCUCCAAGGAGAGACUCCUACAGGGACAGGUACAACAGGAGGAGGGGUCGCAGCCGCAGUUACAGCAGGAGUCGCAGCCGGAGCAAAGACAGGCCUCGUGACCGGGACAGAAGCAGAACAAGAAGCCGAAGCAGAACAAGCAGAGAAAGGGACACUGGUAAAUCCAAGUAUGACCUAGACAGAACAGAAAGAACCGAGCCUUCAGAGAACAAUUAUACUUCAGCAUCAUUGGUUUCAUCUGAUCACUAUCCUGUCCCAUCACUCAGCAGUACUAUCACUGUUAUAGCACCAACUCACCAUGGCAACAACACUAGCGAAAGCUGGUCAGAAUUCCAUGAAGAUCAAGUAGAUCAUGGCUCAUAUGGAAGAGGGCCCCCACCAAAGAAGCGCUGCAGGGAUUAUGACGAAAAGGGCUUCUGCAUGAGAGGGGAUAUGUGUCUGUUUGACCAUGGAAGUGACCCAGUAGUUGUGGAAGAUGUCAAUCUCCCAGGCAUGCUGCCUUUUCCAGCACAGCCCCCUCCUGGUGAAGGACCUCCCCCUCCUGGCCUUCCACCACCUCCCGCCAUGAUGACGCCACCUGCUAUAAAUUUAAGGCCGCCAGGGCCCCCUCCCAGUCCUUUACCUCCUAGCCUUCCACUGGUAACAGGGCCUCCACCAUCUCUUCCUCCUCUCCAACCUCUCCAGCCCUCUGGCAUGGAUGCACCCCCAAACUCUGUUACAGGCUCUGUACCCCCAGUUGUGACCUCGGUGAUUCGUCAUUCACCACCUCAAGCGCAACCCCCUCUCUUCACUUCAGAAACUUAUGAACCUGAUGUAUAUAAUCCUGAAGCACCAAGCAUAACCAGCACUUCAAGACCUGUGUAUAGACACAGAGUGCAUGCGCAAAGACCAAAUCUGAUAGGGCUGACAUUGGGGGAAGUGGACCUUCCACCAAGAGAAAACCCUGCUAACAACAGCAUGAGAAUAGUGGUGGAAUCAGAGUCCAGAAAAAGAGCAACAGGGGCAGUAGACAGUGGGAUGCUUUCUAAGAAACCCUGGUUUGACAAGCAAAAUUUCAGUAACACUAAUAAUCUAGGAUUCCAGAAGAAGAUGCAGUUUGGAGCUGAAAAUGCAAAGCUAGAAGUAAGGAAGAUUCCUUUGGAGCUCAAUAACAUCCGCAAGCUUAAUGAACACUUCUGCAAAUUUGGCACUAUUGUUAAUCUCCAGGUGGCUUAUAAGAGUAAUCCUGACGGUGCCCUUAUUCAGUUUUCCAGUCAUGAAGAGGCUAAGAGAGCUAUGUCCAGCACCGAAGCUGUGCUUAACAAUCGUUUCAUCAAGGUAUUCUGGCAUCAAGAAGACACUGCACCCCAACUGCAGCCUAUGGCACAACAGGUGCAUCGGACUUCAGCACAGCAACCCAGUGUGUCAGCACUCAAACAGUCUGUAAAAGAUCGAUUGGGCCCUAUACCGACAACCACUACAGAGCCAACUCAGCCACAACCUUCAAACACAGUUUCCACUCAGAAUACCAGUAAACUUUCUGUGAAAGAAAGGUUGGGUUUUUGUUCUAAACCAUCAGCAGUCACAAAUCAAAAGGUGCUGUCUACUUCUAUGGGCCUUACAAAAACUGUUUACAACCCUGCUGCCCUGAAGGCAAUACAGAAAACUAUGCCUUUUGUGAACAGUGGUGUUGCAGACCACAGUGAAACCCUUAAAAAGAAACAGGAAGCAUUAAGGCUUCAGCAAGAUGUAAGAAAAAAGAAGCAGGAAAUAGUGGGAAAACACAUUGAAACCCAAAAGAUAUUAAUCUCAAAGCUGGAGAAAAACAAAACCAUGAAACCAGAGGACAAGGCCGAAAUCAUGAAAACUCUGAAAAUUCUGACAAACAGCAUAACCAAACUGAAAGAUGAACUGAAAGCAAUCUCAAGUGGCAUUCCUCACAAAACAAUGAAAACCAAGGCUCAGAUGCAAAAAGAGCUGCUGGAUUCAGAGUUAGAUUUAUAUAAGAAGAUGCAAGCUGGGGAAGAUGUUGCACAACUGAGGAAGAAAUACACAGAACUUCAGCUAGAGGCUGCCAAAAGAGGAAUCUUGUCAUCUGGACGUGGUAGGGGGGGCCAUGGCCGGGGGCGUGGGGCACUUAGAAGCCGUGGCAGAGGAAUGCGUGGAAGGGGUAGAGGGACCCCACUGUAUGCUGUGGUGGACCACCGUCCAAGAGCUUUAGAGAUCUCUGGUUUUACUGAAUCUGAUAGAGAAGACUUGCUUCCUUAUUUUGCACAAUUUGGUGAAAUUGAAGACUGGCAGAUUGACGACUCGUCUCUUAAUGUUGUCAUUACCUACAGGACAAGGGCAGAAGCUGAGGCUGCUGCCGUUCAUGGGGCUCGGUUUAAUGGUCAGGACCUUAAACUGGCAUGGCACAAGCCUGUCACCACCCUUGCUAACACCGAUCCUGAGGAAGCAGAACCCGAUGAAGAGGAGUUUCAGUCAGAGUCCUUGCUAGAUGAUGCUUUACUUCAAGAUGAUGAUGAAGAGGAGGACGACAAUGAAUCUCGAGCAUGGAGAAGAUAAUUUACCAGACCCUGAAGCAUGGCUGUCAGCACCUACACCAGACUGCUUACCGGACUUGUUUCAAAAUACUUUUUAACAGCUAGCAGUGUGUUUGACUAGAAAUUAAGUUUAUGUAAAUGCAAGCAGAAGAACAUCUGAAUAGUUUAAGAGACGGUUGUAAAUACUGUAGGAGGCACACAUGUAAAGCUUUUUUUUUAAAUGUAUUCUUCUGUAAUGUACAAUGUUACGUGACCUUUAAAGAUUACUUUUUUUUUUCUUUUUACCGAUUUGGUCUAUUACUAGUGACCAAAUUUGUUUUAUUGAGAGUUUGGUUCCAUGUUAUUAUGGAAUGAGGUUACGUUGGAUAACUUUUAUGAAUGUUCAGUAAUUCUGAGAUGACCACA